CUUAUCAACAUUGUUGUUUACUAUUUUUAUUAAUUUAAAAAUUUAUAUGGUGGGAUAUGAAUAAGCAUUGGAUGUCCGAUUUAUCCUCAUAUAGCUCAUAUACGUCGUUGUGACUGUGAGACGACGGCACACAUAGAAAGCCGUCGAUAAUCUUCGAUGGACAAUUGAGAUUGUCAAUAGUUUCCACAACUGUCGACAGAUGGCAUUACGCAGCGAGUUUAUGCCGUAAAGAAUCAAAAAUGUCUGUCACGUAUGAUUUCAGUUCGAGAUCCGUAUAGUCCACGGGCUGACGCGACUGGCGUACAGAUUUUCCCCUCCGUUAUGAGAAAUGUUUAAUUGGAGUUCGCGAUUGUCUGUGCGCGCGUCCACAACGAAAAAUGCGGAAUUUCCACGGUCGCCGCAUCUAGUAACGCGUGCGCAUUCAGUAUAUUUGCGUAUUGAAAAAUCAUAGCCCCCCAUAUCGCCUAAUAGUUUCGGCCUAAUCCCACCAAUUUCUCGUUGAUUUCUUUGAUAAAGUUUUGUUUUCUGUGUUUUCACAUCCCACAGAGCCGCACAAUACUAAAGGAUCGAGAUGUCCGACGAUACGAGUGUACGCGUUGCUGUACGAAUAAGGCCUCAAGUAGCACGUGAAGUAAUUGACAUGUGUAGAAUUUGUACUCAAGUACCUCUGGGAGAACCCCAAGUCUUUCUUGGACCAGACAAGGCCUUUACAUACGAUUAUGUAUUUGAUACUGGUAUUGGACAAAGCACAAUUUACGAAACAUGUGUCGCACGUUUGGUAGAAGGUGCAUUAGAUGGAUAUAAUGCAACUGUUCUUGCAUAUGGCCAAACUGGCUCUGGUAAAACUUAUACUAUGGGUACUGGAUUUGAUGUGGAAGUAGAUGAAACUGUGAUUGGAAUUAUUCCAAGAGCUAUUAGACAUUUAUUCAAUGGUAUUGUUGAGAAACAACAGCAUGCUAGAGAACGUGCACAAAUGCCUCCUGAAUUUAAGAUUACAGCACAAUUUUUAGAAUUGUAUAAUGAGGAUUUGAAAGAUUUACUAGGACCUGGUGGUCCUAGAGGUGGUGCUCGUAUUCAUGAAGAUCCCUCAGGCAAUAUUCAUUUAGCUGGAGUAGAACCACGAAUUGUUACUAAUCCAGAGGAAGCGUUAGAAUACUUAAGAUUGGGAGCAUUGUCACGUACAACCGGAUCUACCCAAAUGAAUACUCAGUCAUCAAGAUCACAUGCAAUAUUUACUCUAUAUAUAAAACAGCAGAGAUACAUAAAAGUUGAAGAUCCAGAUGCUGAUGUUGAUACAAGUGGCUCUGAACCUGCCAGUGAAUUUGAAACUUUGACUGCAAAAUUUCAUUUCGUAGAUUUAGCUGGAUCAGAAAGGCUGAAAAGAACUGGUGCUACAGGAGAUAGAGCAAAAGAGGGGAUUUCUAUAAAUUGUGGAUUGUUGGCUCUAGGUAAUGUAAUUUCUGCACUUGGUGAUAAAACAAAAAGAGCUUUACAUGUACCAUACAGAGAUUCAAAGCUAACAAGGCUGCUCCAAGAUUCACUAGGAGGUAAUAGUCAAACUGUUAUGAUAGCCUGUGUGUCACCAAGUGAUAGAGAUUUUAUGGAAACUUUAAGUACUUUGAAAUAUGCAAAUAGAGCAAGAAAUAUAAAGAACAAAGUUACAAUUAAUCAGGAUAAGAGUUCAAGAACAAUUGCUUCACUUAGAAGAGAAAUACAGCAGCUUCAACUAGAAUUAAUGGAAUAUAGACAAGGCAAAAGAGUUGUUGGUGAAGACGGUAUAAACGAUGCUUGGCAUGAAAAUCAAAUGUUGAAUAGUGAAUUGCAAAGCCUUCGUACCAGAGUGAAAGCCCUUUCAGAAACAGUUGACGCAUUGACAGCGAAAAAUGUUCUUCUGCAGGCAGAAAAAGCUGCUGGUCAAUGGAUAUCAUCAUCUAAUGAAAAUCCAGAAGUGACUAGCUUAAUACAGGGAUACUUGCAAGAAAUAGAAGAGUUAAGAGCUCGUCUUUUAGAAGCAGAAGCUAUGUAUCAACAAUUAAAGAAACGACAAAUACAGGUUAAUGCAGCUAAUCCCUAUGGUGAUUCUGGAUAUAUAUUCCAUAGUGAUUCUACGUCAGUAUUAAACGAUGCUAAGAAAGAAUUACAAAAAGAAAUUGAAACAUUGACUGCAUUAAAGGAACAGCAUGGACACACUUCUAAUAUCAUUGGUAAAACAGGAGAUGAAACAGAAGGUGAUGAUGCAGAAGCAGGCCAGGAUUCUGUAAGCGAAGACGAUUCAGAUGAUGACUCUGAUAGAAAAGAAGAAGAUGAAGAAGAGGCAGCUAUGGGUCGUGAAUUGGAAGCUUUAACAUCAGACAUUGAUGUAAAACAACGAUUAAUCCAAGAACUCGAAUUUUCUCAACGACGUUUACAAACUAUGAAGCAACAUUAUGAAGAUAAACUUGCUCAAUUACAAGCUCGAAUCAGAGAUACUCAGGAAGAAAGAGACAAGGUGCUACAAUCACUACAGCAGCAGCCAACACCACCGACAGAAAAAGUAAAAAAAUUACGCGAUGAAUAUGAAAAAAAACUUUCUGCGAUGCAAAAAGAAGUGCGACUUCUCCAAUCUGCAAAGAAAGAACAUGCGAGGCUACUUAAGAGUCAGUCUCAAAAUGAAAAUAGGUUAAGAGGACUACGAAAUGAAUUGGCAGAGAUGAAGCGAGCAAAAGUAAAACUUUUGAAUAAAAUGCGCGAGGAAGCGCAGAGACACAAAGAAAAUGAGUUGAGACGUAAUAGAGAAAUAGCACAAUUGCGUAAGGAAAGUAGAAAGAAUGCAAAUAUGAUUCGAACGCUUGAGGCAGAUAAGAGAAUGAAAGAAGUAGUGCUUAGACGUAAACAAGAAGAAGUUUCAGCAUUAAGAAAACGAGACAGAGGUCUAAGUCAAAAAGCUGCGGGUAGGGCACCACCUAAACCAAUUAAUCCAAAAGCAUUAAAACAAAGAUGGCAAACAUUUGAAAGAACUAUCGCUAAACAAGCAUUAGCUAAGCAAGCAGCGGCGGAAACGGAGAGAGAAAUGGAAAGACUUCUUCAAGAACGAGAAGAACUAGGUAGAGAACUUGAAAAGCUUCAAAAACACAGAAAUACUAUAGCAGCUUCGAGAGGCGACACGGCCGAUAUAGAUGAAGAAAUUGAUAACGUGAGAAGUAAAAUUAGCUAUUUACAGGAUAGUAUCUCUGAAUGUCAACGUGACAUGAUGGAAAUGGGAGAUGGAGAAGCUGAAGGCGAACCUGGUGUUGAAGCUCUCAUAUCGACGAUUCAGUCGGUAGAUGAAGCUCAAUAUUUGUUACAAAGAAUGUUAGCUUUUACUGUUGAGCAAAGUUGCGUGGCUGCUCAAAAACAGCUUGAAGUUCGCGAUAUGGAAUCGAGAUUAAAUCAGGUAGCACAAGAAAGUGAUGUGCAACAUCAGUUAUUGGAGCAUGUGUUGCGAGAUAGAGAUCUUUUAUCGCUUACAAAUAAUCAUCAUAGUACAAUGAAUUAUAGUCCACCCAGUUCUAGGAGUUCGUCACCAGAUAAUCAAGUUAUAGUCGGGGAAGAAAAGCAACGUAACAAUAAAGUAAGGCGAAGGACUACACAACCCCAGGAGCUUCUUUAUGGAGUUCAAGCUAAUCCAGAUAAUUUAAAGACAGAGGAACAAAGUCAAAAUCAUAAUCAUCCACUUACAAGAGUACCUAGUGCGCCUGGUAGCUUAAAAGGAUUGGUCUUUACUAGAAGUCAUGGUAAUAUAGCUGGUGGAUCCCCAACUCUGAGUCGACGUGAUAGUACAUCACCAAGGCCGCUGCGACGACCACUUCAUCCUGGUGGAGGCUCCAUGUAGCACAUACAGAUGUAUCAUCACCUCCUGGAUCUCCGACUACAUACCGACGAUUCAACAGUCGAGAAGAAAAUGUUUUCUCCAGGCUAACAGCAAGUAGACAACCAACAUCAACAGAUCCACAACCUAUGAAAGGAAUUAUUUCUCAAUAUCAAGGCAAGACACAGCCACGAGCAGUUUUGCAAUGCACUCAUGUUGCUGAAGGUCAUAGCAAAGCAGUAUUGACGAUAUGUGCAACUUCUGAUUUGCUUUUCAGCGGUUCAAAAGUGUUUCUUCAGCAUACGUGAAGGUCUGGGAUUUGCGGGCAGGAAAUAAUUGCGUAAAAACUUUAUUUUCAUCUGGCCAAGCUCAAAGUGGACCAAUUGCAUUAUCAACUCCAUCUAGAGUACUUCAAGUUCCUGUUGGUGAAACAACUAUUAAUGAUUUAGUCCUCAGCAUAGACGAGCAAGAAUUAUAUACCGCAUCUAGUGAUAAAGUCAGAAUAUGGGAUCUCCGUAAAUUGAGUCAUACUGGAAGAUUGAGUACACCACAUACUGCAGCAGUAAUGUGCUUGGCUGUCGCAGAUGAUGGUAGAGUAAUAACAGGUAGUAAAGAUCAUCUGAUAUCUCUUGUUGAACCAAAUACAUCCGGACAAUCGGUCAGUUUGGCACCUCCACAUUACGACGGAUCAAGGGACAUGUGCAUUAAACGAUGGGACUUGAGUAGAAUGGAAUUAGUCCAGUCAUUGAAUAAUGCUCAUAAAGAUUGGAUCUUGGGUUUAUGUAUGAUUAAUAAUGGAUCUAUAAUGAUAUCUGGAUGCCGAGGAGGUGUGUUAAAAGCCUGGUCUGUACCAAAGGAUCAAGCAGAAUGUACUCCAAUAGGAGAAGUUCGAGCACACAGUACUGCUAUCAAUGCUGUAACGACUAAUCAGCAACAUGUUUUUACUGCAAGCAAGUAAGUAUAUUUUGGAUUAUUACUCAUAUUAAACUGACCCGAAGCAUAUUGGAAAUAUAAGCUGCAAUAUCGUAAAAAUAAACUUUAAAAAAUUGAAUAGAUAAAUUAUUUUAAGUUAAUAUCUGCUCGGGUUCAGUAUAUACCAUAACUUUCUUGAAUGGAAUAACGUCUCAAAUGUUGAUUACAGCUCUGGAGAGGUGAAGCUGUGGCGUAUUCCCGAUUCCUCAUUAUCCAUGUCUAUUUCCACAGUUUCUCUUUAACUUAUUUUUCUAUUUUGCUGCAUAAUAUUCUUUUGCAUUUAUAAUUUGUUGAUGUAGUAAUGCGCAUGCUUGUCCACUUUGCUGUUUUAUGUGGACAUGUUUGUCAUAAACUUUAUUAGACAAAGUUCUGACUUCUUAAUUGUAAACAUUUAUAAAAACAAAUAGUUGAUUUGCUAACAUUUACAAUGGUUUCAAAAUUAUUACUUAAUACAAUGAAGGGAUAAAUCAUAAAAUAAUAAUAAUUUUAACUUUCUGCUUCAAACGCUUUGAUUUGUAAUUAUGUAUUGUUCGGAUGUAAUGAAAAUCGGAAAUGCGCUUUAAAUUUCUGUAAAAUUAUUUAUUGACAUUACACGUUAGAUUUCUUAUUCUUUUUUUAAUCAAUUAUCAUCCAUUUCUAUGAAAGUUGCGUGUAUCAAGUAUUGCUUUUUGAAAGUAUUUGUGCAAAUUUUUAGUAAAAAUUUAUCACUAUAUAAUGUGGUUGCAGUUAUGAAUGUAUUCUGUGUAAAACAUUUGUUUGAUUGAAUGAACUUGUAGUAGAAAAUAAUACUUCUGUCAUAACCUUCAAUUUGUAUAGGUUAACAAAUACGAAAAUUUAAUUUAAUUUUUUGUAUUACUUUGCUUCUAUGUUGUUUACACUCCAAUUUGGUGCUUUGCAUGGUCACCAUAUCAACGAAGUGACGGAACGGUGAGACUGUGGAGCUAUUAUAAAAGAGAUGCAAGAACUUUCCAAAGAAGCAACUCAUUGAAAAGCUAAUACAUGCAUACAUUCAUUGGGAAUCUUGUAUUUAUUUUGUAACUAUACUAUUUUUUAUUUAUUUGUUAGUUUGUAUUAA